CCGCGAAGAAGCACUUGCAAUUCUCGCCUCUCUGCUCCCACAUUACUUCUCAGCACCUGAGUCCCAGCACCAUGGCCGCCGUGACAGCAUGCGCUUCUGCUACCUUCGCCGGCCAGGCUCUCGGAGCCUCCAGCAACGCGCUCGCUUCGAAGGUGAACGUCGGAGAGGCCCGCAUUGUCAUGCGCAAGACGUCCAAGAGUGCGUCAUCCAGCAUCUGGUAUGGUGAGGACCGACCCAAGUACUUGGGCCCAUUCUCCGGUGCCACCCCAAGUUACUUGACCGGUGAGUUCCCCGGUGACUACGGUUGGGACACUGCCGGACUCUCUGCCGACCCCGAGACCUUCGCCAAGAACCGUGAAUUGGAAGUGAUCCACGCCCGAUGGGCCAUGUUGGGAGCAUUGGGAUGUGUGACCCCCGAGCUGCUGGCGAAGAACGGAGUGAAGUUCGGCGAGGCAGUCUGGUUCAAGGCCGGGUCUCAGAUCUUCUCCGAGGGAGGUCUGGACUACCUCGGCAACUCUGGCCUCGUCCACGCCCAGAGCAUUCUGGCCAUCUGGGCCUGCCAGGUCGUGCUCAUGGGAGCCAUCGAGGGAUACAGAGUCGCAGGAGGACCCCUGGGAGAGGUGAGCGACCCCAUCUACCCCGGAGGUCAGUUCGACCCCCUGAACUUGGCUGAGGACCCCGACACCUUCGCCGAGCUCAAGGUUAAGGAGUUGAAGAAUGGCCGCCUCGCCAUGUUCUCCAUGUUCGGCUUCUUCGUGCAGGCCAUCGUCACUGGCAAGGGCCCCAUCGAGAACCUGUCCGACCACUUGGCCGACCCGGCCGUCAACAACGCCUGGGCCUAUGCCACCAACUUCACCCCCGGAAACUAGAUCGCGCUCUCUUCAAUUCGUCGACACUACAACAGAUGCCUUUUUGUACCAUAGUUAGAUUGUAGGACCUUCCACCGAGCGACCUGUACCACGGGGCUUGAAACAAUCUGAAUUGCGGGAAGAUUUUUGUCACUGGGUCCAGCACUGAAUAGAACUUUCUCCCAGUUUCCUGUUUUUCGAUUGAGUAGUGUAGCUGUAGCCAGUGAUCGGCCGUUACAUCGGCUCAUCACUUUGUGCUUCUGUUCAUGAUCAAAACUACAAAUUUCUCC